GAAAGGAACUGGAAAGGGUAACAUGCCUUCAAUAUUUUUUAGGAUAUAAUUCAUCACUAGAUUGGCUAGCACUGGACUCGCUGGAUUACCCAUGCAAGCGCCAUCCAUUUGUUGGUAGAUCGACCCAGUCUGCGAAACGGACUGUGACCGAAUUCGCCAACAUUUCACUGCAGUUCCCGCUGCAUACACCGGUGAGGUCGAAUUGCCUGACGUCUUCUCGCGACAGGGAUCGUCUUUACUUCGAAGAAAUUACAUUCGAAGUAGUAAUGGACAUUUACGACAACGAAUCGCCAGAAGGAAUCAUUUUAUCUAUGGGUGGACAAUUACCGAACAAUAUUGCUAUGAAUCUUCACAGACAACAAGCUAGAAUACUUGGAACGUCACCAGAAUCURUAGACGGUGCGGAAAAUCGAUUUAAAUUUUCUCGCAUGUUGGACRGAAUUGGAAUUUMACAACCCAGAUGGAAAGAAUUGACUAAUCUCAAAUCUGCAAUUCAAUUUUGCGAAGACGUUGGUUAUCCUUGCCUAGUACGACCGUCUUAUGUUUUAAGCGGUGCUUCUAUGAAUGUCGCACACUCCAAUCAAGAUCUCGAAUCUUAUUUGAAAAGUGCCAGCGMAGWCAGCAAGGAACAUCCCGUUGUGAUAUCAAAAUUCAUCCUGGAAGCAAAAGAAAUCGACGUGGAUGCUGUAGCGUACGAAGCUUUGAUUCUAUGUAUUGCUGUUUCUGAACACGUSGAAAAUGCUGGUGUACAUUYAAGAGAUGCUACAUUAGUAACACCCCCRCAAGAUAUCAAUGCAAAAACUUUAGCAAAAAUCAAAUCGAUUUCCAAAGCUGUUGCUGCUUCUUUAGGAAUAACUGGUCCCUUUAACAUGCAAUUGAUUGCAAAGAACAAUGAAUUAAAGGUGAUAGAAUGCAACGUACGAGUUUCAAGAUCUUUCCCAUUCGUUUCCAAAACCUUGGAUCACGAUUUUGUCGCAAUGGCAACACGAUUGAUAGUUGGUGAAUCGGUUGAACCUGUAGAUGUUCUAGCUGGGAGUGGAAAAGUUGGUAUUAAAGUACCGCAAUUUUCAUUCUCGCGUCUAGCAGGUGCCGACGUCAUGUUAGUUGUUGAAAUGGUGUCAACAGGAGAAGUUGCUUUCUUCGGAAAAAAUCGUUAYGAAGCGUAUCUCCAAGGAAUGAUGAGUACCGGUUUUCAUAUACCACAAAAAGGGAUCUUAUUAUCAAUAGGAAGUUUUAAACAUAAAUUGGAAUUAUUACCAGCCAUUAACAGUCUGCAUAAGAUGGGUUACAAUUUGUAUGCCAGCAUGGGCACUGCGGACUUUUACAGUGAACACGGAGUCGAGGUGGAACCGGUGCAAUGGACUUUCGAAAACAUCGGCGUUAACGAGGACUCCAGUCCGAGUGAAUUAAGACAUCUUGCUGAUUUCCUUUCGAAAAAACAAUUAGACCUCGUCAUUAAUUUGCCAAUGAGAAAUGGAUGUACUAGACGUGUGUCAAACUUCAUGACACAUGGUUAUCGUACCAGAAGAUUG